GAAAAAUAUUAGGAAGAGGAGUGAUAGUGAGAGUGAGAGUUUGUAGAGGCAUGUGAAAAAGCUUUGGAAGGCGUGGCCAUGGUGGAUACCAUUUAUAUAUAACCAAACAUUCCUUCUCCCUACCAUUUCAUGUUCUUCCUCUUAUUCUUUUCAAAAUUCCCGCAUUAAUUUAACUCCCUCUCUCUCUUCUUCCUCUCCUCUCUCACCCCUUUUCGCCGCUUCGGUGGAUUCCUCCACCCGAUGUUGCCUUUUCACUCCCUCUCCGCCGCCCAGGCCGCCCUCGGCCGGAAUCUCACCUACUUCGAAACCCUCUGGUUUAAUUACUCCCAUGACAAAUCCAAUUACUUCCUCUAUUGCCACAACAUUCUCUUCCUCUUCUUGAUUUUCUCUCUUAUUCCCCUUCCCCUCAUCUUCCUCGAGCUCUUCCAUGUCUCUGGGAUUCAUAAAUACAAAAUUCAGCCCAAAGUUCGAUUACCCUCCGCCGAGAUCUUCCGCUGCUACAAGGAUGUCAUGCGUAUGUUCUUCCUUGUUGUUGGCCCUCUUCAGCUCGUUUCAUACCCUUCCAUUAAUAUGAUUGGGAUCAGGACGGGCUUGCCAUUGCCUUCUGGAUGGGAAAUCGUUUCCCAGUUGGUAGUUUAUUUCAUGGUGGAGGAUUAUACCAAUUAUUGGGUUCAUAGAUUCCUCCAUUGCGAAUGGGGGUAUGAGAAAAUCCAUCGAGUUCAUCAUGAAUACACUGCUCCAAUUGGAUUUGCAGCUCCUUAUGCUCAUUGGGCUGAGGUUUUGAUCCUUGGAAUUCCCUCUUUUCUUGGUCCGGCUAUGGUUCCUGGUCAUAUGAUCACCUUCUGGUUAUGGAUUGCUUUAAGGCAGAUUGAAGCAAUUGAAACGCAUAGUGGGUACGAUUUCCCCUGGAGUGUAACCAAACUCAUACCAUUUUACGGUGGUGCGGACCAUCAUGAUUACCAUCACUAUGUUGGAGGACAAAGCCAUAGCAACUUUGCUUCAGUAUUUACCUACUGUGAUUAUAUUUACGGAACUGACAAGGGAUACCGCUACCAAAAGAAGAUCCUUAAGAAGUUGAAGGAAGAAGCGAAGAUCAGUGAAGCAUCAUACUACAGCAUAGCCCAAGAUGUUAAAUCAGACUAGACAAUGAUAAGGGAUUCAUAUGUUGAAAGACGGGUUUUUCGGGUUGGUAGCGAUGUUACGUAAUCUCUGAUUUGAAGAUGACUUAAUCGGGAUCCAUAUGAUCGUCGUCGAGGUAGUUAGGGAAGGGACUGGGAUGGGAUGGGAUGGGAAUUAGCUAGGGGUGUGUGGUUUAACCUUGUUGUGCAGACAAUACUCUUAAUAUAAAUAUGUAUUUUGGUUGUGAACUUGUUGAUA